UACACCCCUUCUUCCGAUGCGCCGCCGCACGAUCCAGUACCUGGUCGUCCUUGCCGUCGUCGUCGUCUGUGCCCACUUCUACUUUAGCCCGGACCCAUUGUCGCUGCCACAUACACCGGACUGGCUCGACCUCGAUUACCGACCUGGAUACGCUGGCGCUGACGCAGGGAAAGACGUUUUAGGCGUAGCUUUGCCGCCGGUGCAGGGUGUGGGGGAGGACUCGGGCAAUAUUCGAGUAGGAGCUGGAAAGACUUCGGGUAUCAAGGAAGUAGGGGCCGGGGCAGGAGCGGUGCCCGCUGGCUCGGGGCAUGGGAUGGGCGCAGAUAUUGAAAAAAGGGAGUCGGUUGUUGGUGCGUUCAAGUAUGCCUGGUCUGCAUACGAGCGCGACGCGAUGGGCUUCGACGAAUACCAUCCCAUCUCGCGUCGGGGCUCCAAUCUCGCUGGAGCAAACGGGAUCGGGUACACCGUCGUCGACGCGCUCGAUACGAUGCUACUCAUGGGGCUCGAGGACGAGUACGGUCGUGCCCGCGCCUGGGUUGAGAAGAGCCUCGACUUCAGCAAAGGUGGAUACGUCAGCACAUUCGAGACAACGAUCCGUGUCCUCGGCGGACUGCUCUCGGCGUACCACCUAUCCGGCGACUCUCUGUACCUGCGACAUGCAUCGGACCUUGGCACGCGGCUCUCGAAGGGCGCCUUUGGAGGCUCGCCGUCGGGGAUGCCAUACCCUCAAGUCAACCUCGGGCCAAGUGCAGGAUUGGGAGCGGGCAUCAGUGUGUCAGAAGUGUCGACGCUGCAACUCGAGUUCCGGUACUUGGCUCACCUGACGGACGAUGAGGACAUGUGGUGGAAGGCGGAAAACGUCAUGUUGUUGCUCAAUCGAGGAAGGCUGGAAAAUGGCCUCGCCCCUUACGCCCUAGAUAUGGCCACAGGAGAGUAUGCCAUGAGCGGUAUUCGGAUGGGGAGUAACGCGGAUUCAUAUUAUGAGUAUCUACUGAAACAAUAUCUACAAACUGCGAGUCCUUCUCUUUUUUCUCCGAUGUACGAGGACUCGAUGCAGGGCAUCAACGACCAUCUCUUGAAGCGCACCCCUGGUGGCGUGAGCUAUAUCGCAGAACUUCUGCGCUCGCCAGGCAAGGACUGGAAAAAGUGCGAACCGACGAUUGACACAUCCAAAAAUUCUCUCAUUAUCACCUGCAGCUCGUGGACACCAUCACCAAAACAAGAACAUCUUGCGUGCUUCCUAGCCGGUUCACUUAUGCUAGGCGCCACCCGAGUACAUCUGCGACCGGGUGUCUCGCGAGCGUCGAUUCCCCCUAACCUUGAUGAAGAGCUGACUUUGACUGGUCGCCGCGACUGGAUGAACGGCGUCCGCAUCCUCGAUGGGUGCAUGGAUACGCACAAGACUAAGACCGGCCUGUCCCCCGAAGGCGUCAAUUUCCGGACGGAGAAUGACAAGCCUAUGGAUCGAGAAUGGUAUAUCCGGGACUGGACACGAAAUAGCCGAAAUCCCGUUUACGACGCCCGUUACAUGCUGCGUCCGGAGAUAUCCGAAUCCGUCUUUCUUGCAUGGAGGCUCACAGGCGACCAAAAGUACCGCGAUCACGCAUGGAAUAUCUUCUCUGCGAUCCAAAUGUACUGUCGGUUGAAGAGUGGUGGGUAUGCCACCGUCUUGGACGUGGAUAGCGUCCCCGUGACGCACUUGGACAAGCAGGAGACGUUCUUCUUGAGCGAGACACUCAAGUAUCUGUUCAUGAUUUUCGCGGACGAGAAUGUUUUGGAUCUCCAUCAGGUUGUCAUCAACACCGAGGCACACCCUUUACCCGUGUUCAAACCCACUAUCAAGCCCAAGUUCACGCACUACCAGUGAAAGGACCAGCGUUCGAUCAGCCUUCAUAUCUACUGUCACCUCUCCAUACUCAUAAAAUCAGUGCAAUAUCACAGCUAACUUAAUCUACAAACAUUAUUCGACCCCGCUUAAGCCGCGUGGCUGUUUCAGACAGUUCGACCGAAUUGUAAAGAUCCUCUGAGAA